AUGUUUCGGCAUCUUUUAUUCCUCUCCCUGGCAGCCGCCGCCAACCUCUACGCCACUCACUAUGACGGUAAUAUCUAUUCUCUUUCUCUUGACGGGGGAAGUUCACUUUCAAUUACUUCAUCUUUGAAGACAUGUGGCGCUGGCCCUAGUUGGCUGACGUUUGACUCCCAUACACGCACACUCUACUGCUCUGACCACGCCGGCGAUGCGACUGUCAAUGGCUCAUUGAGUUCAUAUGCAGUGGACAAUAAGGGCAGAAUGACCGAACUCGCCACAGCCGUGGACUUGGGCGCCGCGGUGCACAGUGUCAUGUAUGGCAAGCACGGAGCGAAGUACUUGGCCGUUGCCCAUUACGCCGGCUCUGCACUGUCGACAUUCAAACUCCCUCUCCGUUCUGAUGAUGAGGCCAUGCAGGUCUUCCGCUACGAACUAUCCCAGCCCGGUAUCAGACCAGAGCAGGAUGCGCCGCACCCGCACCAGGUCAUCCUUGAUCCAACCGGUUCUUUCAUGCUGGUUCCCGAUUUAGGCGCCGACCAGGUCCGGGUGUAUGCCAUUGACAACACCUCAGGGCAUCUGAAUGCGUGUCCGAGUUUGAACUACACCGCUGGCAGUGGGCCGCGACACGGGCUGUUUUGGAAGUCGAACUCUGCGCAUUCAAGGCAGACUCCAACGACUAUGUUAUACACUGUCAGUGAGUUGGGAGGACACUUUAAUGCAUUCGCCGUCUCCUAUCCAUCCUCCGGUUGUCUCGAUUUUAAGGAGACCCAAUCCUUCGUACCGUAUCCAGGCGGAGAGUUCCCAGCUAAUGCUUCGCUAUCGGAGCUCCGCAUGCAUGGAAAUUCCCUGUACGCUUCAAUUCGGUUUGACCAGAGCUUUCCUCCAAAUGACUCCCUAGCGACAUUGGUGCAGUUACCCAAUGGCACUGUGAGAUUCAGCGAAAUCAGCUCUUCAUAUGGCACCAUCCCACGCACCUUCGCUAUUAACAAGAACGGAACCCUGCUGGCAAUUGGGAACCAGGCUUCAUCUAAUGUCGCCGUUAUCAGGAGGGAUCCGGAGAGUGGAAAGCUUGGUAGACUGGUUGCGAAUGUGCAGGUUGGGGAGCCCGGACAGGCGAGUAAUUCAUCCACGGGGCUUAGCAGUAUCAUUUGGGAGGAGUAG